AUGUCCAUUUAUGGAGUGGAGAAUGUCAGUCCAGUCAACCCUCUCUCUUACGUUGGUUUUGACACCAUCACUAGCCAGAUAGAGCACCGUCUGUUAAAGAGAGGAUUUCAGUUUAAUAUCAUGGUUGUCGGGCAUUCUGGUCUCGGUAAAAGUACAUUGAUCAAUACGCUUUUUGCAUCCCAUUUGAUUGACUCUGCCACCGGACGUGAUAUCACGAAAGAGCCCAUUAGUAAGACAACAGAAAUUAAAGUGUCAUCGCAUACUUUGAUGGAGGAUCGCGUCAAAUUGAACGUGAAUGUCAUUGACACACCGGGAUUUGGGGAUCAAAUUAACAACGAAAAAGUGUGGGAACCUAUUGUCAAAUACAUCAAAGAGCAGCACUCUCAGUUUCUGCGCAAGGAACUUACAGCUCAGCGUGAGAGAUACAUCGCUGACACCCGUGUGCAUGCCUUGUUAUAUUUCAUUGAGCCAAACGGCGACGGGUUAACGGCUCUCGAUGUAGCGGCCCUAAGAAGGCUUACCGAAAUUGCAAAUGUCAUUCCUCUGAUCGCGAAAGCCGACACUUUAACCACAGACGAAAGGCUUGCCUUUAGAGAAAAAAUACAGGACCAAUUCAAGGAAAACAACUUUAGAAUUUAUCCCUAUGAUCUGGAAGAUCUGACGGUGGAAGAGUUGGAACUUAACGAAAGUAUCAGAUCAAUCAUACCUUUUGCGGUGGUUGGAUCAGAGAAAGAAAUCACCGUCAAUGGAGAACUAGUUCGUGGUCGGAAAACACGGUGGGGAGCCAUUAAUGUUGAAGAUAUUAAUCAAUGCGAGUUCGUUUAUCUUCGGGAGUUCUUGAUCAGAACACACUUGCAAGACUUGAUCGAAACAACUUCUAUGGUUCACUAUGAAGGAUUUAGAGCAAGACAAUUAAUUGCACUCAAAGAAAACGCGAACACCAGAAAUUCAGCUGCACACAUGUCUCAAAAUAUGAGUUCCCUUCCUCAGCGUUAG